UUUCUUGAUCCUGAAGCGUUUACCAGUGCUCAGCUCAAGGUACCGGAGCCCGAUAUUGGUCACCUUAUUACAAAAGAUGUAUCUGAGUGUGUCGGCGACGUUGCCAACAUCAAGGCGAUAUCCGACAAGUUCUUCACUUCUGUCCAUGAAUGGAUGCCAAUCAUAUCGAAAAUCCAGUUUCUGACCAACUUGGUCAGUUGGUUGACCCAUAAACGUGCUGAACUCUACUUUCUCAUCCUUGCCAUGAAAUUGUCCUGCGAGCAAGUUUCGGGACCGAGAACACCGCUUUAUCAAAUCACAAAGUACUUGCAGUUUCGAAUUGAGAAUUCCGGAGCUUUAUCUCUUCAAGUAAUUCAGGGCUCGGUUCUCAUAGCCAUUUAUGAGAUGGGGCAUGGCAUCUAUCCGUCGGCAUACUUAUCUAUUGCGGGGUGUGCUCGUUAUGCUACCGCUCUGGGGAUUGAUAAGUCAAUUCUCUGUCGAGAUUUAGACGGUGUCCCGAGGAACGAGCUGGAGGAACGUCGCCGAGUGUGGUGGUCAAUACUUGUGUUAGAUAGAUUUCUGAACUUGUCGGAUCCAAGUCGCCAUCUAGUAACGGCGGACCCAAUCUUGGAGAAUUGGCUUCCGGUUGACGAUGCUGCAUUUAAUAAUGGAACCAUCCGGCCUGAAGAUGCCUAUACACUCGGUUCGGCCACCGCCCUUGAUCUAGGCCGAUUUGCCCGAUUUGCGCAGGCUGCUCAUUUGAUCGGCCAAGUUCUGCGUCAUGUUGCCGAAGGAUCAAGUGAGAGCGAGACGGCACAGCUGAGACGCACCAUAUUUUCUCUAGUCAGCGUUUCAAAGCUUGAAGCGCACCUAAGGCAACUGGAGUUCUGCUCCCAAACGGCUGUGUGCUACUGGUAUGUGUGCUUCAACGAAUCUAUUCGUCUCGCUCGCUAA